UGUUUAUGGUUUCAGCCUCUCCUCUGAUCCCUCUGAGGAUGUUCAUGAUCAUCUUUUUGGAAUUUUCACCACUCUGCAUAGUUUGUUUCUUGCAAGUUGCCUUUUUUUCCUUCUUAUCUUGUUUUGAUGUGUCUUUCAUGUUAGAGGUUUUUCUCAGCUGCCUGGUGAUCAUUAGCUGUAUGAACACACUUAAGAGCAGAAUGUUAAGAAACUGAUUAAGAAUUCUGUGCUGGGGUUUGUUGACGGUGAUUUCACUGGUAGAGUGAUCUUGCUGAGCUGUUUCCCUGGGGAGCCCAAGGUGUCCACCUCUUAGCUCUUGGACCAUUCACUUCCUCAGAGAAGACCCUUCCAAUCCUCUGUCCAGAGGGUCAGUUUGAUUCCCUGACUCCCAGUUUUCAGAACGGUUCUUUACCAUGAACUUGGCUUGAUGCCCCCCGGCUUUACCUUCUUUAAGAAUAAACAUCUAGUUUUCUGCCUGGGUGACCUGAUUGCUUCUGAAAGAGACUCUCGUCCAGUUCUGCUCUUUUCAAUGUCAUCUUAGGCAGACUUCCAGAACUGCCCAGCACCUCCCCGACGCUGUGCUGAGCCUUGUGAGGGCUCUCCAUGCCACCGCAGGUUGAUUCCGGCCCCACCCCCAGCUGCUGACUAAGAUUCACCUUUCUUGGAUUCUCUGAGUCAGUCACCACCUGUCCUUCUGCUGUCUGCCUUCCCUCAUGUUGUUGCUAUCACCUCAUUUCCUAUGAUAUUUGUUUUUGUGAUGUGUAUCUUUAAAAACAGAUAAAGCCCAUUUUUGUUUUAGUGAGGUUUCUGGAGGGAGAGGAGAUAAAUAUAUGAGUUCACUCCACUGUCUUUAACUAAAGAUCCCCCAUUGCUAUUACGGGGAAACCAAGCACAUCUGUUAGCAGUAAGUUGAAAAGACCGCCUCCAAGGAGGUACUGAAGAAUUGCUUUCUUGUCAUUGACUCAUGAGGAACAAAAGUGUCUAAGAUCCGUAAUCUGCUACACCUUUUGGACAAACUUCUUUCUCAUGCAAGUUGAAUGGUGAGGGACACACAGGCAGAGGUGCGCCAGCAGGGUUGCCUGGAUGGUGCACUCUCCCCAGACGGGAAAUUGGAGGAUGCCAUGAAUUCCACCCCAGGCUCUGUAUUGAUCCCUACAUUGUUGUGGGGUGUUUUCCCUUCAGCGAAACCACUGUUGCUUUCAUUCCUCAUGUCCAAACCUUUUGUACAGGAUGAUGAGAGCCUGAAGUACCUCACACAUGAGGAAAAGGACGUCCUCCUGUUUUUUGAAGAGACGAUUGAUUCCCUGGAAGACGACUUUGAGGAACAGGUGCUGUGUGAUGGUGAUGCUCAGUGCCACUCUCCACGGUCUCUGGAAGAGAGCACUUCUGGUCCCUCCGAGCCAGAGGACGCAGUGGACUUAGUGCAGCUGGGCCCUGGAGCCGGGGAACCCGAGAGCCUUCAGGAUGUGACGGAGGCAGCAGGGGCUGGUGCUGUUGGAAAGGAAGACACUCCUGUCCUCAGGAAAGAGGAUGCUGAGAAGUCCCCCCCUCCAGACCCCCCAGGUCCCGAGGCCCUGCCCCUGCCGCCUCCCAGCCCUGUCCCCGCAGCAGCCCCGGCCCACCCCAGGAGAGAGCCCCCUCCUACUCCAGCAGAGCACCCCAAACUGGCCCGCUCGGUCCCCACUCCGCUCGUCAUCGCCCAGAAGAUGUCUGAGAAGCUGGCAGGGAACGAAGGGCUCUCGCCCACAUCCCCGUCCAAAGAGGGCAGGCCUGCAGGAUGGAGGACGCUGACUUCCGUGGCCCCUCGACACGGAGACCACUCGCUGUGGCACAGGCACGCCGCACAGCCGGCGCCCAAGAUCCACCGCUUCCCGAGCAACAUCAGCGUGACCAACAGCGCGGGGAAGGACUUCAAUAAGACAAUCUCCAAGGCCGCGGUCAACGUGCAGGAGCGCAAAGCCCAGGUCCUGGCCAACAUCAAUGGGGUCUCCUUCCUCUCCAUGGGGGAGACGGAGGACCGGGCCCAGAGGAGCGAGCCCACCGAGCAGAGGAGAAGCAUCUCCCCGGAGCAGAGCCAGCCGGGCCCGGCCCGGGAGGCUGUUCCCGCGCGGGCAGGGGCGCACGGCGGCCAGCAGUCCAGAGGCGUGCAGACGGAACAGCCCCUGCCGAUGGCCAACGGCUUCCAGAGCCUCCACGACAUCCUCAAGAGCCAUCCCGGGCCCUUUGUCUCUACAGGGAAGACGGUCACCUUCCGUCCAGACCCGGCCCUCCCCAGCAAACUUGCACCCCGGCAGCCGGACUGCGGCCAGGACGCCAGGAAGCGGUCGGGCUCGCUCCCCCGGGCUGUGGGGUUCAGACCCCAGGGCAUCACUGUCCAGUUCUCGGGCCGGGGCUCCACGGAGGAGGCCCGUCGGGAGGCCCUGCGGAAGCUCGGCCUCCUGAAGGAGAACUUGUGACGGAGAGUGGGCGGCGCUGGGGGAGUUAGGGUGACCAGGUACGUGUGGCCGAUCAUGGAUGUGUGCAUGCGCACAGCACAGUAGCAAAGCCCGGACUGCGGAACCCCGUGGAGGACCAGCGAUGGGGGCCCGGGAGUCAGCCGACUGUCUGCCCCGCUCUGGCCCGCAUCCGAGCUGGGACAUCCUUCCGAACGAGAGCAUCCCGCACCACAUCUUCCCGUUUCCAAGAGCUCGGAGAAUAACCUUGAACACCUACAGGUUUCAAUGAUUUGUAAAUGCCAUAUGUUUUUUGGAUCUAGGAGGAGGGGGAUUGGGUCUGAAUUUUCUGUUAUUGAGUCUCUAAUCUAACCUUUUAUCCGAAGUGCAUGACAUGAAAGCCAGUUUAGAUCUCUCAUACUCGUUUCUCUAAGAAAGGGACCGUCCCCUCCUUUCCAAGAAAAUAAAGAAGUGCUUGUUCAAUUUUCAUAGUGUCUUAAAAUACUGUUUUGGUUUUUUGUUUGUUUUUGAAAGGUGAAAGACAGUAUGUUAGCCUAAAUAUGCCUUUGUUUCUUGGUCUAAUUUGGUUUGCCCAGAUUUUUUUUAAUUGAAAAUUGAAGCCUUUACAGUAUGAUUUACUGUAACGUUGAGUUAUGGAAGUGGAAUGGAAAGGUUGGGUUUGGAAAAGGUGGUAGUUUUAAGAAAGUAAGUCUCAUCAGACUACAGAGUCUGUGUUACUGGGAGAUAUAUAUAUGAGUGUGUACUGCGUAUAUACAUGUACAUAAUAUGUGUUUAUAGGUACAUAUAUGUUAUAUACAGAUAUAGAUGAUGUGCACACACACAUUCAUUAUUACAUAUAUAUAUAAACUUCUUAAAACCCUAUUACAUAACUACAGGAUGCAAGCACUUCCUAUUCUUUUGAUACACAAGCCAUCUCAGUAUUGAGAUAAUGACAUAGAAAUUGUUACUUCCUAAUAAGGAAGUCUUUUAAGGACACAUCUCCAUAACUUUUCGUUAAACCAAAGUGCUUUUUCCUCAACGUGUUCUGUUCCCAAUUAAAUAGUCCGAAUAAGCUUCCAACUAAGCAAGAGAGUUCCUUUGUUAGUGAAGUAUGCUUUUAAAGAUGUCAUUUAUCACCUAAUUUUAAUUUAUCACCUAAUUUUAGUUUUGCAUGUUCCAAGGUGGCUGGUAAACAGAAGGAAACAAAAGAUUCUUAACAUCCCCCAUGUUCUGUGAGCAAGAUCUCAGGAUUAAUUUAAAAGGGAAAAAACAGCUAACUAAGUUACACAGCAUGAAAAGAACUGGUUUUGUCCCAGACAAUGUCUUACAUGCUGAGUUGUAGCCACAAGCAUUAUUAUCAAAACUAUUUCAGGCUGGAGUCUAAAACCUCUUAAAAUAGACCCGGAAGGACCACACUUGAAAGUCACACCCUUUUAUUGUAUGUCUCAGCCACUGUCACAGAAUCUGUUUCUUUUCUGUUGAGUAUUAUUUAAACUCAAACUUCUAAAUGUGCUGUGAAGGACGUUUUUCAUAGUAUUAAUUUGCCUUGUAAGUUACAUAAAAUGAUUGUAAUGUUUUCCUUAGAACGACAGUAUUUAGUGUCUCGCCCAGGCCUUGUCCUCCUGAAAUAAUCUCAUAGAUUCUUGAUGGUCUUCAUUUAAAUGGGUGCUUUGAUUUUACAGCUUCUUAAAAAUAGUCUUUACUUUACUCCUGUUUAUGUUGGAUUUGUUUAAAGGAUUCUUGAGCCCUGUUAUUUCCUUUUUAUAUAGCGAGAUGCCAUGUUACAGUGUUUAAAAAUAGAGGAUCUUGAUAUGGCUAACAUUUUAAAUAUCCCUUGUAUUUGAGGAUUCUUUCUUUUUUUCUUAUCCUAUGACUUCGUUGUGAUUAAGGUGAACUUGACUAUAUGUUAGUAUAUUUGUUCUCAUAAUGGCAUUUUUGAAAAAUAAAUUUAGAGAUCUAUCUUAAGUAUAA